AUGGGGAUAUGUGCUAUUGAAGGUUUUUCUGCUCAUGGAUUUGAUUCUAGAGAGUUGUGUUUAGUGUCGAAUGUUGUUCUCCCGCAUAAGUUUAAGGUACCUGACUUGGCCAAGUACAGAGGUUUGAGUUAUCCUCGCAGUUACAUCACUAUGUAUUGCAGGAAGAUGGCUUCUUAUAUUGACAAUGAUGAGUUACUAAUCCAUUUCUUUCAAGACAACCUAUCUGGGGCAUCUUUGGAUUGGUAUAUUAAUUUGGGACCAAUGAAGAUAAGGACAUGGAAAGACUUAUCUGAGGCAUUCUUGAAUCAAUACAAGUAUAAUCUAGAUAUGACUCCAACAAGAUUGCAGCUACAGAAUCAGUCACAAAGGUCUAAUGAGAAGUUCAAAGAGUACGUGCAAAGGUGGCGCGAGAUGGCUUCAAGAGUCAGACCUUCUUUAUCUGAUACUGAAUUGAUAUAUAUCUUUAUGGGAACUCUCCAGGGUUUGUACUACGAAAAUAUGUUUGGUAGUUUGUCUUCUAACUUUGUUGAUAUAGUCGUGAUUGGAGAAAGGAUAGAAAGUGGUCUCAAGUCAGGAAAGAUCAUUAGUGGUAACAAUAAUCAAUAA